CUCUUUCCCUAUGCUUAUCAACCCCCUCUUGUGUGUCCCGUCCAAGUGACCGGCCACUGAGCCUAAACCCUGAAAUAGACCCGAGCUCCGUGAUCAUGGCAUGUGGCAGCAGGGCUGAAGUAACAGCCAAAUGCUGUUUUGGCCUAUGAGUAAAGUUACGUAGUCAUAACAGAAAACCCACCGUCACUGGAAUGCUGCUGGAAGUUUCCAGCCCAGUAUAAAAGGAGGCCGGCCGUCUCUGAUCAGUCAUAAGCUCAUUCGGACUCAGAGACGAUCACACAAGCACCAACAGAAAGACGAGAGGAGAGGAGCAAAACAAGACAGCAACAACAACAGAGAUCAAGAGGCUAGUACCAGCAGAGACCAAAGGAAAACCAGAGGAGACCAGCGGAACCGAGGAGAGACCAGUCAAGACCAGAAGAGAGACCACCAGUGAAUAUGCUCUGCCCCAGUGUAUUCCAGCACCCCACCAGCCCCUUCAUGGACCUGCACUGGCCUGUCCGCAGCCUGUGGCCCGAGACGCGCCCCCUCGUUUACCACAUGGAGCAGGAGAUGAUGAGACACAUGCAGGAGAUGAGGCACAACAUGGAGUACAUGGAGCGCCUGCACCAGAAGAUCUUUGAGGAGAUCGACCAGUCGGUGUCCUCCUCCUCCUCCGUCUUCCAGCCAAUCUCUUUCCAGAUGGGGAAGGACAGUAAUCUCUUUGCCCUGACCCUGGACACUAAAGACUUCUCCCCAGAGGACCUGUCUGUCAAGCAGGUGGGCAGGAAGCUGAGAGUCAGUGGGAAGACGGAGAAGAAGCAAGACGAUGGGAAAGGCUCCUACUCUUACAGAUGUCAGGAGUUCAGGCAGGAGUUUGACCUUCCUGACGGGGUCAACGCCGAGCAGGUCACCUGCUCCCUGACCAAUGGGCAGCUCCGGAUCCAUGCACCACAGCAGGCAGUGACUAAUGGGAAAGAGAGGGUGGUGCCCAUCAGCUUUGCCCCUGCCAUCGCGCCCGCCCCAUCCCCUCAGAGCUCUGGAGCUGAAGGCCACAUUCCCAUCCCUGUGGAGAAUGAGACCAAGAAAGACUGAACAUCUGCAUCUGUCUAAAAGUUAUUUUUGUACAGUUUGAUAAACACUGUGAUCUGUAGAUUAAAUUAAAUUAUGCAUUUUUGCACCUUCAUUUUAAAACAAUAAAUCUUUCAAAAAAAGCUUUGCCUGUGAGUGUUU